AUGUCGGUUUAAAAAUAUAAAAAAAGUGGAAGUUGUAAAAGCGAUUCAGCAUAUUCAUUUAGUUAAGAUGUCAAUUUAUUACAGGAUUAUGAAUAUUUAUUACAAAAGUCUGCUGAAGAAUUAACAAAAGUCAAAGAAUAAAAUCAACUUUUAGAAUAGUAACUCGCAACAGUUCAACCAUUUCAUCAUAAUCAAUAGCAAUAGCAAUACUCUACAUUUUAAUUUAAUAAGAAUGAUUUAUUGAUUGAACAAUUAAAAUAAGAAAAUGCAGAUCUCAAACUUAAAUUAGAAACUAAAACUAAAGCUCAUAAAAAAUUAAAAUCUAAACUUAAGCAAUAUGAAUAGAUAAUGUAAGAGAAUGAAAAUCUUAAACGAGAUAUAUAAGACUUGUUAAAGGAAAAAAUAAAUAAUAAAGAAAAUAGAUAAAAUUUUCUGAAUUAAUCCUCAAAGACUCAUCAAACAAACAUCUAAUAAUAAAAUGUUAAUCAAGCUUCUUGUAAUAAGUUUAAACUAGAUUUAUCAUUGGCAUCAAAUUUCAAUUUCAAAGGUUUAGAAGAAGCUGAUAAAUUUCUAUAAGAAACCAAAAUUCAGUCUUCAAGAGUUUCAAAAUUAUAAACCAUACCAACUCCAAAGAGAUGUUAAGAAAUCUAAACUAUUGAAAUUAAUUUUUCUGAUUUUGAUUUAUAGAAUACUUUAAGUCUUCAACAAGAAUUUGUUUAAUUCAUUGAAGAAGCUAUCUCCAAAGCAAUUAACUAAUUAAAUCAAAGAAUUUAGACCUCUUAAAUUGAAAAUUUUAUUAAAUCUAAUGCAGAUUUGGAAUCUUAAAUAAUUGAAUUAUCUGAAGAGGUGUGGAUUUUAAGAGAAAAAAACAAGAUUCAAUAAGAGUUUAUUAAAUAAUUGAAAUCGAAUUUAGAGUAGUAUGAUUAAAGAGAUUUUUAAGAGUUAAUAAAACUCAACCAAUAAGCAAAUGAUGUUAUUUAAAAUUAGUAAUAAGAAAUAUAAUCAUUGUAAGAAUUAGUAAUUAAAACAGAGCAAGAAUUACAAUAGAAGUCUGAAAUCAUAUUGGACAAUAUUUAAAAUAUUGAAAAGGCAGUAAAACAGCUAACCAUUUAAGAGAACAUUCAAGAUGAAAACAAAGAAAAUUAAUCAUGUUUCAGUAAUUAAAAGAUACAAAAGAAAUAGAUAAAAUAUUCUAGUUUGUAAUCAACUUCAACUCUGAGUAAAUAACCUCCAUAACCAUCAGUUGAUUUUUAAGAGUUUAAUGAAAUGAAAACAAGCUUUUAGAAGAUCUUUACAGAGGUAGAAUAAUUUCAAUAAUUACUUAUUGAAUUUUAAGAGUAAGAGCAAAAUAAUAGUGUUUCAAAUUAAGAAUUAUUUGAACUUCUAGAACUAUUUUAAGAAGAAUUCAGUUAUAGGGAGAACACAACUAUUAAAGAUCAAAUCAAAUAUUACAUCACUUAAACAUUAAAUUAGAAUGAGCUAUUAAAAAAUAAAUACUUAGAUCUGAUAUACAAAGUAAUAUUGAAUUAAAUAAAAACAGAUACUCGAAGAACUGAGUAAUUAGUGAAAAAUGAUUAAAAACUAUAAGAUGCUUUGAAAUGGUUAUUACAAAAUACUAAGCGAAGCCAAUCUGUAUAAACAAUUGUAUAUAACUGCGAUAUAUUAACAGAAAUGAUAGUUAAAAAACUCAAUAAUUCAACAAGAAUGAGUGAACUUCAUGAAAUAAUAACUAUGUAAAUGAAAGUUAUUUAUACAUUACUUCAAUCUUUGUAAAUUGGAAAAAAUGCCUUAUAAAGUAGCAGAACAGUUUUAGUGAAAAAUGAGAAAUAAGAAAAUUUGAUGAAUGAGGCAAUUUAAGAUUUGAAGGAAUUAAAUAAAAGAAUAAGCAAUUUACCAGAUACUAACGACGAUCUUGAAAGUGCAGACGUAAAGGAAAACAUUCGUUAAAUUUGCAACAAAUUUUUAAUGAUUUGA